AUGUCAUGGGCGGUAGAAGGCUGGCAUCGUCUCAUCAUCUCACCAAUUACCCCUGCUCAUGCCGGCACCUAUACGGCUGUGGCUACCAACGAAUAUGGCGAAUCUUACACCUCGGCCACGUUGACUGUCCAGCCAUCAACCACUACCAAAACUAUCGUCGAGGAUAUGCUUCAAGAGGACACUUACGAGAAGCUUCAAUCUGAAAAACAGGUAGAGUAUGAUUUGAUUAUCAUUCACGAAAAAGGCGAAAUUCUGUUUCAAUCGAGAAAUUGCAUCUCUAUGACCCCUUUUUUGGUUUUCCUCCUGUGUGGAUUAACAAAUUGA